AUGGAACCUCUACGGUUGAAUGAAUUCUUGUGGUUGGAAAGGUUAACUGGAACUAGUGGACCAUGUGAUACAUUUGGAAACGUGUGUUUGGCUCAUAACUCAGAAUUUGAAUUGAAGAAUGUUGAGUUUUCAAUUGUGAGGUUUGUGAAACCUCUAGAAUACAGCAAGGCGUUCAUUGAAAUCUUACAAGGGAAGGCAAUGUAG